GAACGGUAAAUUUAGUGGUCUCCGUACCAUCGUGAGAUCUCCCACUGUAUCGUUCAGCAAAUUUAUUCAACUCACGAAUCUUAAAAUAGUGACUAAUCGCUAUAGUAAAUCUACCGAUAUUCCCACCAUACAGAACGUCCCAACAAUCUUUUCUUGUUCACUGUAGUUAAUACAGUAGGGUAAGAGUUUAAUAAUUGAUACCCGAAAUUCCAAGUUAAAAGCAGGGGUAGGCAUAGCAUGCAGUACUACUACUACUCUUCUCCCAAAUGUCAAAGUCAACCUUCCUUUUUCUUCUUCAUUCAUUCAAUCAUUCAUUCCACACCUCCCCCCCUUCUCUCUCCUUCUCCAUUUCCAUAGAAGAGCUACUGCACAAAUGAAGCCCCAGCAACAAGAUCCUCCUCCUCGUCCUCCAUCAUCAUCAACAUCAACAUCAGCAUCAGCAUCGGCAUCGGCAUCGGCAUCGGCAUCAAUAUCAUCAUCUGUAUUUACGACGAGUGCGGUGGCGUCGGUGGUGGCGUCGGCGUGGGGGGGGUGGUGGGGAUGGGUGGGGAUGCUGGGGAGGGAGCUGGGGGGCAGCUUCGUGUUCGGGGUGGUGGCGGUGUACGGGGCCAGCCAGGGGGCCGGGGGGUCGCUCUUCCGGGUGGCGUCGGACUACUACUGGAAGGACGUGCAGCGGCAGCAGCCGUCGGUGGUGCAGCUCUUCACGGGCUGCUACUAUGUCCCCUGGCUGCUCAAGCCCCUCUGGGGCCUGCUCACCGACCUCGUCCCCGUCGCCGGCUAUCGCCGCAGGCCCUACUUCGUCCUCGCUGGUGUGCUGACGACGGGGUCGUCGCUGAUCGUGGCGGGAAGCACAGGGCUGGCGGCGUGGGCGGCGCUCGUGUGCUUCGUGUCGUUCGCGGCGGCGGUGGCGAUAGCGGACGUGACGAUCGACGCCUGCAUAGCCCGCAACAGCAUCGAGCGGCCCGCCCUCGCCCCAGACAUCCAGACUCUCAGCGGCUUCGUCUCCGCCCUCGGCGGCCUCGUCGGGUACUCCCUCAGCGGCGUCCUCGUCCACCGCCUCGGCUCCCAGGGAGCACUGGGGGUUAUUGCCUUGCCUGGUCUGCUGUUGAUUUUGCUGGGGUUUGUCAUAAAUGAGCAGAGAACAUAUCAAUCAGCAGAGAAGCAAAAGGUGUGGGAGAAGUUGAGGGUGGCAAUGAGAGGGAUGGGGAAGACAAUAAAGUAUCCUGUUGUAUGGAGACCUUCUUUGUUCAUGUACUUAUCUUUGGCCCUCAGCAUCAGCAUCACUGAAGGGCAAUUUUACUGGUAUACUGACCAAAAAGCUGGCCCUGCAUUUUCACAGGAAUUCGUCGGAAUAAUCUUCGCGAUCGGUGCAAUGGCAUCCAUGAUAGGGGUCCUAAUCUACCACAAGCUAUUGAGAGACUUGCCCUUCAGAAACCUUCUCUUCCAUGCUCAGCUCCUCUACGGCGCGUCCGGUAUGCUCGAUCUCGUAUUCGUUCUCCGAUGGAACCUCUUUCUCGGGAUACCAGACUACUUCUUCGUCGUGCUAGAAGAGUGCUGCUCGAAAAUCAUAAUGAAGAUAAGAUGGAUACCGAUGAUCGUUCUUAGCUCGAAGUUGUGCCCGCUGGGAAUUGAAGGCACCUUCUUCGCGCUCCUCAUGUGCAUCGACAGCCUCGGCUUACUGACGGCUAAAACGGGGGGAGGAAUUGUUCUCCACGCGCUUAACGUCACGAGAACUGAUUUCGAAAAUUUGUGGCUUGCGGUGUUGAUUAGAAACUUGUUGAGGCUUUCGAGUUUGGGCUUGAUUUUCCUCGUGCCGAGAGCGAGUCAAGCUGAUGUAUUGCUUCCUCCUGAUAUACUGAAGGCAUAUGGUAGAAAUCAAGAGGAGAGUUUGCAGCUCACAAAAUUUAAUGAUAUGGAAGAUGUAUGAAAGGAAUACAAGAGCAAGAUAGUGUGACACACCAAAGUAAAAUCAGUGACAAGAUUUAUUAAGUUUCUUUUUUUUUUUUUUUUUGGAUGAUGAAUGAAAGGAAUACAAGCACAGGGAAAAAUAGUGUGACACAGCAGAAAAGUCAGUAACAGGAUGUAUAAGAUUUUUCUUUUUUUUAUUUUUUCUGUACUUAAAAUGUCACAAUACAUACAUUUUGAUUCAUUUAUACAUGGAUUUUUGAUUCCUAUGCAUAAUGUAAGUGAGAUACAUAAAUCGAACUCCUUUCGUUUUUAUCACAA